UCAGGACCCUCCCCUGCUUUCCCAGCCCGGGGGGGCCUCUCGGCAUCCCCCGCCCUCACCCCCCAUGCACUGCCCAGCCCGGGGGGGCCCCCCCGCCACGUGAGGGGGGGGCAGGGCCGCUUUCCCUUUCCCCCCCUCCCCAAACCAUCACCCCCAUUGUUAUUAUCCCCGUUAUUAUCCCCAAUCCCAGCCAUGAUGUUCCGGGAYCAGGUGGGGAUCGUGGCCGGUUGGUUCCGCGGUUGGAGCGAGUGCGAGCAGACGGUGGCACUGCUGGCGCUGCUCAAACGCGUCACCCGCACCCAGGCGCGCUUCCUGCAGCUCUGCCUCGAGCACUCGCUGGCCGACUGUCCUGACAUCCACCUGCUCGAGGCCGAGGCCAACAGCGCCGCUGCCAUCUCGCAGUGGCCCCAGGAGCCCGCUGAGGCCGCGGUGGCCCUGCUGCUGGCCCACCUGCCGCUGCUGCAGCCAGGGAACGCAGCAGCCAAGGCCGAGUACAUGAAGAGGCUGCAGAAAGUUUUGGCCGACGCCAUCGAGAGCAAUCGCUGCGUGGAGGAAUCGCGACAGCUGCUGUCCUACGCCCUGAUCCACCCGGCCACCACGGCCGAUGACCGCAGCGCGCUGGCCCUGUGGCUCGGCCACCUGGAGGAGCGCCUGGCCCCGCCCGGCCCCACCUCAGCUGCAGCUCCCCAGCGCCGGCCCCCGGCCCAUGAGUGGCCUCCCGAGCCCCCGGAGCCUGGGGGUGGCAGUGGGGGGACCACCACGGCAGGAGGUGGGGCUUGGGCAGAGCAGCACCCCCCAGGCACAGCCACGGCACCCCGGGAAAAUGGACACCCCCCAUUCCAGCCUCCUGGAGCCCUGCCGUGCCAGCUGCACCCCAGCCCCUUGAAGCGUUCACUGGCGCUGGUGCCUGGCAGCCCCCAGCCCGGCCCAGGGGGUGACUGGGCAGGGUCCGGGGGGCCCGAGGACCCUCCCACAGCCCCCCGGGGCCCCGCGCCGCCAUUCGGGGACCACGCACCGCUGUCCCCACAGAGCAGCGUGGCAUCAUCGGGCAGUGAGCACACCGAGGAGCCCGGCGGGCGCAACUCCUUCCAAGAGGAUGGCAGCGGCAUGAAGGAUGUCCCCUCGUGGCUGAAGAGCCUGCGACUGCACAAAUAUGCGGCGCUGUUUGCGCAAAUGAGCUACGAGGAAAUGAUGACACUGACUGAGCACCACUUGGAGUCACAGAACGUCACCAAGGGUGCACGGCACAAGAUCGCCCUGAGCAUCCAAAAGCUGCGGGAGCGGCAGAGCGUCCUCAGGGCACUGGAGAAGGACAUCCUGGAGGGGGGCAACCUAUGGACAGCACUGCAGGAGCUGCAGCAGAUCCUGGUGACCCAUGAUGCCUUCACGCCCCCCCCGGCCCCUGUCCCCGACGCCGAGGCCCCUGCGGCCCCUGUCCCUGAUGGGGACAUCCCAGGGCAGUUCACGCCUGGCUCUGUGGGGGGGGGGCGGCGGGGGGGGGGCCGCCCCUUCGCGCUGCCCCCUCGGGCCCUGCCCCCCCCUGCCCGCCUGGGGCUGCUGGGACCCCCCGGGGGGGCCCCCGCCCCCAGACCCCCCCUCGGAGCCCCCUCCUUGGGCACACAGGGACGGCAGAGCCUUUGGUUCGGGGCCGGGGGUGGCCCAGGGGGGUCGCCCGGUAGCCGUGGGGCCGUGCAGAGAACCCACUCCCUGCCUGUGCACAGCUCAGCCCUGCUCGCCUUCCCCCAGGGUAGGGGGGAGCCCUGA